AUGGUGACCAGACUAGAACAACCAAGAGGUGGUUUCAAUUUUGAUAAUUUUCAAAGAAAUGUCUCGCUUGAGCAAAAAGGCAUUCGCAUUCCCAAACCAAUUAAAACUGGUACAACCAUUGCCGCUAUCAUUUAUAAGGAUGGUGUUUGCCUUGGUGCCGAUACACGCGCAACUUCAGGUCCUAUUGUAGCAGACAAAAAUUGCGCUAAAAUUCAUUACCUCGCUCCAAAUAUAUAUUGUUGCGGUGCCGGUACUGCUGCGGAUACCGAAUUUACGACUGCCCUAAUUAGUUCUCAAUUAGAAUUACAUCGAUUAACUACCGGAAGACAAACUCGUCUUUCUACCGCUAGGAGUAUGUUAUGUCAAAUGCUAUUUAAGUAUCAAGGGCAUGUUUCCGCCGCUUUAAUCAUUGGCGGUUAUGAUGUAAACGGUCCCAACUUAUACUCCGUAAUGCCUCAUGGAAGUGUGGAUAAUGUACCUUUUAUGACUAUGGGAAGUGGUAGUUUGGCUGCUAUGGCCGUUUUCGAAAGAAGUUGGAGAAAAGAUCUUGAGCGUCAGGAAGCUAUAGAUCUCGUCAAAGAUGCUAUCGAUGCUGGUAUUUUCAAUGAUCUUGGUUCUGGAUCAAAUGUUGACAUUAAUGUAAUUGAAAAGGACAAAGUGGACAUAUACAGAAAUUAUUAUAAACCUAAUGAACGCGCUCCAAAAGAGAAAGUUUAUAAAUUCAAACGCGGAACCACACCUAUCCUUAAGGAAUCUAUUAAAGAUAUCCUCGUCAUUACAGAGGGUGUUGAAGCUAUGGAUAUUUCGUAA